CUCAAAAAAUAAAUGUGAUUUUAUUUAUUUUAAAGAAUUAACAUACUCUAAAGUGCUGUAUGUUUAACAGAAAAGAGUACGCUAUGUAAUAUGUAAUAUAUAACAUAUAAAUUAAGUGUACUUGCAGUUCUAACCCUCAUAAAUAGAUAUAAUUGAUAUAAAAUAUAAAUAAAAAUGGCACAAAGUUUACCCAUGGAAAUAAUGGAGCCUGAGGAAAUGAUUGAUUCUGAAUUAGUAUUUAUUGUGCCCCCGGAAAGAACACAAGAAGAGUAUGAAAUGCAACAUUUUGGAUUCACCGCUAAAGGCUUUGUUGAAUGUGUAUGCCAGAAUGCCGAACGCCAUGCAUCAACUAUACUUCAAGAAUUUGAAAAUCAAUACAUUUCACAAAAUGGUAGCAGUAGUGAAUUUGCUAAAUUUAUGCAAAAUUAUAAAGAGGCUUGUCAACCUUCAUUAGAUACAUUCAGAGAAAAUAUCAAGAGUUAUGCACAAAAAUAUUUUGUCAUACCAUCCAAUAUUUUAUUGCCUGGAGAUGAAGAUCAGGAGAAACAAAUUACGGAUGCAGAACAUGAAAAAUUAGAUAAAGAAAUUGAAAUGUUGGAAGAACAAAUAAAGGAUGAAAACGUUGAGCAAUCUGAAUUAGAGAGGAAUGAGCAUCUAUUACAGAAGUUACUUGAUAAAUCGGAAAAAAAGUUGGAACAAAUAGAAAAAGAAGUCGAUGUAUUAAAUGAAACAUUAGAUCACACUGAUUCUGAAGAAUUGGAUUAUAUACUUGUGCCUAUGACUUAUAAGAAUGCCUUAAAAGGAACCUUACAACCACUAAUUGGACAAAAUCUUUUUGAUAGAAAAGACAAAAUUAUCCUGUUUGAUGAGCUUUCAGAGCGUCCGAGCGGUUUAAGUGACCGCAUACUCGGUGAAAUCACUCUGGAGGCACAAGGUGAGACGGAUCGAGUCCAGCUGCAGGCGACGACGACCAACUCUGUAGCAGAAAAAAUGGAGCAGUGCUGGUGGCUGGCAGGCGCAAGAAGGGUCCUGAAACGAACACACGAAGUGAUGGUCAACCUGAGGUCCAUGAUGCGCGAGCCUUUACCAGCUAUGAUGUAA